CGGGCGCUGAAGCUACCGCUCCGGCUCAGUCCACGGAGCCUCUAGCGAUCGCUGGACCCUCCUCGCGUCUGAAGCGGCGUGCGGCCACGGCACGAACUUCGGACGUGUGGGAUAUGGCGUUCGGUGGAUCCAAGGGCGCUCCGAUGGGCGCUUCAGUAGGCGCUGCGGAUAAUGGUGGAUCUUUUGCUAGUGGAUCGCUCGCUGCGAACACACAAGGAGAGCUCAAGAGUAAACGCUUCCGGAUGCAUUUGAACGAGACUGAUGCAAGAGAGACAGAACAGCAGGAUCUGCGGCUUCGGGAGGCCGAUACGCAACAGGCAGAUCAAUCGGCAUUCUCUCAGUCUCCACAGACGCAAGACGCUGAGCCGGCACGGAGAAGAAGAUCGCGCCCGCCUGACUCCUCUUUCCAAUGCGCAGUGGAGUCACUGCAGGAUGCGGUAGUAGUGUCAAGUGACUCACAAGAUUGGGGUGCAUCCAACGAUGCGCAGAGGCGCAAGCGGCCAACGAACGACGUAGAGCGUGCAAGGGUCGGUGCUUCGAGCGAGGCCCGUGGCACGUCAGCUUCGGAUGCCCAGUCCUUCUUCAUUCGCGAGAAAGGUGGCAAAGCGGGCAUCGCUCCCGGCCAAAAACCUGACCGCGACGAGGUCUUCUUGCAAGCCCUUUCAACUGGCAGUCGCACGAAGUUCGACAAAUUUGAUCAAGAAUUCAACAAGCUUCGCAUUGCUAGACCUCAGUAUGCCGGUGGAUCGCUUGCCACCACACACUUUGUCAAUCAAGAGGAAGCCGACGACCAGAUGUUCGAAGCUUUCAAGCUUGCUCGAGCGGAAGAGCUUGACGACUUGUUCUCCGUUUCUCAUGGCAACUUCGUAGCGGUUGACUUUGUACCUCUCAUCAAAAGGAGGGAACAGAGACCUGCUUCCACUACAAUUGAUGGCAGACCGAACUUCAAAAAGUUCAAGCAGGUAAGAGGCUGUGCUUCUUUUUGGCCAAUGUGAUCUUGGAACUGACGCGCCUUCGUCUGACUCCAGACGGAACGGCCCAAACGCGUGCCGAUCGCCCUAGAAACCGCCAGUGGUCCCGGAGAGAUGUUUGGUGAUCCUGGUGAGUAGGUUGGCAGACUAUA